AUGAUGAACUUCAACAGUACUGAGUCCUGGGUUUUUAUCAAUACUUCAGUCCCCAUCCUGCCUGUAAUAGCCAGCCCCACUAACAGGAGUGGGAUGGAGGCAUAUCUUCAAAGACUGGCUCAUUUAGAUGAGGGGCUCUACAAUGACUUCUACGGCCUCUGGAUCGCGCUGAUGGUCAUAAACUCUCUCAUAUUUCUGGUGGGCUUGGUGCUCAACAUAGUUGCACUUUAUGUUUUCUGUUUCCGCACCAAGCAGAAGACCACCUCCGUGAUCUACACCAUCAACCUGGCAGUGACAGACCUCUUGGUGAAUCUUUCUCUGCCGACUCGCAUCCUUCUCUACUACAGUGGAGGAACUUGCCUCACCUGCUCUUACCUGCACAUCUUCAGCUACUUUGUCAACAUGUACUGCAGCAUCUUGUUUCUGACCUGCAUAUGUGUCGACCGGUACCUUGCCAUCGUGCAGGUUGAAGCUUCCCGUCGAUGGAGGAGCUCCAGCGUGGCCAAAUGUGUGUGUGUUUCUGUCUGGCUGUUUGCCAUUGUGGUCACCUACUCCUUCCUCUCCACUGCUUUCCAGCAUACCGGAUGCUGCAUCUCCAAGCUUCUUUUUCUCACCAUCACUGAGUUCUUUCUACCCCUCAUCAUCAUUGUAGUCUUCACCUUGAGGAUUAUGUGGGCCCUUGCCGACCGCCGUCUGAUGCAGCAGAGCAGGGAGAGGAGAAGGAGGGCUGUCCAGCUGCUGACUACAGUGCUGAUCAUUUUCACUGUGUGCUUCACACCCUUCCACAUUAGACAGGUGGUGGUGUACUUCUACCCUGACAUGCCUCAUCAUGUGAUUGUCUAUCACUUAACUGUCACUCUCAGCAGUUUGAAUAGCUGUAUGGAUCCUGUCGUCUACUGCUUUGUAACAAACAAUUUCCAGGCCACUAUGAGACACCUUUUCCGCCGUGCAGAACCUGAGCAGACCAGUGGCGACAUCAUCAGCAUGCAGCACAGCUCCAAGGCCUCAGGAACCAACACCAUCACAAAUAAUGUGAUCAUGAUGACCAAGAUUCCCACUUCACUACAGAAGGACAAUCUGGGGAAGAACCAUACUGUGUAG